AUGCAGGGAAACUGGAAAGGAUCCAGAGCCGGAGAGUUUUCCUUUUCUACCCUUACAGCUGAGUCAUAUCCCAGCUCAGUUCAGCUGCACCCACUUAACAAAGGCCUUUCACAGUUUAUUAGCAAGGACAAACGGACACAGUCUGUCUCCCUCCAGGCACUCCUGCCCUUGUUGAAGAAGGCUGUGCAGGAGAGCAACCAGACAGGGCUGAGCUGCAGCAAGGUGGCCAUUAUCAACGUGUCCACUAUAGGAGGCUCCAUCGGGAACAACCCCAGCAUGGCCACCUUUCCAGUCAUCUCCUACCGCUGCACCAAGACUGCUCUGAACAUGCUCACAAGGUGCCAAUCGGUGACACACAAGCAGGGAAGAAUCCUGUGCAUUGCGCAGCACCCGGGUUGGGUGAAAACAGAGCAGGGAACUGCCAAGGCAGAGCUGACGGUGGAGGACAGCGUGCAGGGGAUUCUGAAGGUGCUCUCCACCUGCUCUGAGAAACACCAUGGGAUCGUAGUGAACUGGACAGAAAGAACUGUGCCAUGGUGA